AUGUUUACAGUGUUAACGAUAGUUUCGGGAGCAGUCAUCCUCACUCUGAAUUGUGUGAUGUGUCUGGACAAUGGGUUGGCUAGAACACCACCAAUGGGAUGGAACACAUGGCAAGUAUUCGGCUGUCAGUUGAAUUGUCAGAGGUAUCCAAACAACUGUCUUAAUGAGGAUGCAAUCAAACGAACAGCCGAUAAACUGGUAUCGGAUGGUUGGCGAGAUUUGGGUUAUAAAUAUGUGAUACUUGAUGAUUGUUGGUUAGCAACACAACGUGAUCCGAUAACGAAUAGGAUUAUGGCAGAUCCUUCAAGAUUUCCGGGCGGUAUUGAAUAUAUUGCAAAAUAUCUGCAUUCCAAACAACUGCUACUCGGUGUAACUCUUGGUUACGGGGCCAUGACAUGUUCUGGUUAUCCAGGAAGUAUAAAUCAUUUGGAAUUGGAUGCGAAAGCAGUGGCUGAAUGGGGAGUAGAUUAUGUGAAGAUGCUUGCCUGCCACUCUGCGGAGAAUACAGUACCAGAUGGUUUUGAAAAAUUUACCAGAUUACUCAAUGCAACUGGCAGGCCGGUAAUGCUUUUGUGUACUUAUCCAGCAUUUAGCUAUUGGCUUUAA